AUGCCUCCAUCGGCUUUAUUAUAUGAUAAAAAUCAAGAAGCUUCUCUUCAAAACAAUGUCUCUAUCAACGCACAUCCGAAUAACGUUAUUCCGAUUGCUACACCAACCUUUCGAGUUACGUGUAACCGUGUUGGCAAGGAUCAUCAAUUUACUUCCAUGGAUUGUGCAGCCAAAUUUGGUGGAGCUAUAAAUGACCUCCUGCAUUGGCGUGUUGAUCUAAGCAACCCUGAUAUUAAUGUUAUACUCAAUAUUGUCGAAAAUUCAAUCAAUAUCUCAAUUGCUCUCACUGGUGCUAGCUUACACAGGCGUAAUAUUACCCAAUUUGGUCCAACGGCUUUACGUUCAACUAUAGCUUAUAAUAUGCUCAGGUUAGCUGAUAUUCAGAAUGGAGACAUUGUUUGUGAUCCUAUGGCUGGUGGAGGCUCCAUUAGUGUCGAGGGAGCUGUUAAUUGGAUUAGUUCAUUUCAUAUCUGCGGUGAUAAUCAUCAUGCUGCUGGCCUCAGAUCUGUUGCAAAUAGGGACUAUGCUGGUAACCAGAAUAAUAUUAGAUCGAUGGCGAUGGACGUAGCAACAUGGGAUGUUUGCUGUUUACCACUUCGUCGUAAUAGUGUUGAUAUCGUUGUAUCCGAUAUGCCGUUUGGCAAAAGAAUUGGCAGUAAGCACAAAAACUGGAAAUUAUAUGAUCAUGCAUUGUCCGAAAUGGCGCGGAUUUGUCGCUGUUCAAGUGGCAGAGCGGUAUUACUAACUCAAGACAGCAAAGUUAUGACUAAGGUUCUACAACAGUACAAGCAUUUAUGGAAAAGACGCCAUUGCUACUGGAUCAACAUUGGUGGUUUAACCGCUGCUGUCUAUCUUUUACUUCGUACUGAACAUGAAUAUUAA